UUAUAGACUAAUGUUGAAAAAACCUUGCUGGAAAACCUGAAGGCACGAGGAUAUUUGAAGGUCCAGGGAAGAAAUUCUCUCUAGAUUCUGGAGCUCAAAUAUGAUGAAGCUUACAUACUCCUAUUUUGGGGGGUAUCAUAUAUGCUUAAUUUUCUUUCAAGUGAUAGCAUCGACUUCUGAGAAUUUGAUGGUAACUGCUCCCACUGAACACUUGGUGGCUAGAGUAGGAGGCCAGGCUGAGCUCAGCUGCCAAGUGACCCCACCACGCAGUGUGGAGUAUAUGGAGGUGCGCUGGUUCAGGAGUGGCCAUUCCCAACCUGUUUACCUAUACAGAGGUAGCCGUGGAGGAGAUGGAGAAGCUGCACCUGAAUAUGAGAAUCGUAUAGAGCUUGUGAAAGAGGCCAUUGGGAAGGGAAAAGUGGCCCUCAGAAUUCGUAAUAUCAGCAUUGCUGAUGAUGGAUCUUAUCGGUGUUCAUUUAAUGACAGUGUCUUCAGUUAUGUGGCCAGUGUGAACCUCAGUGUGGCAGCAUUAGGAUUGAAGAUGCGAAUCCAUGUUCAGAGUUCUGGUUAUGGUGGAUUCAUUGUGGGGUGCUUUUCAGAAGGGUGGUUCCCACGACCCCGAAUGGAGUGGAGGGACAGCAAAGGGGAAGUAGUUCCAUAUUCUUCAAUAUCACACUCACAGGAUGCAGAUAGAUUUUUCCACGUAAACAUGACUCUUUUCAGAAACCAGUCACAGGAAAGUAUCACAUGCUGUGUUAUUAACCCUCUAACUGGUGAAGAGAAGCAAGCAAAUCUCAUCCUAUCAAAUGCCCUGUUUAAUGAGAAUAACAUGAAAAAAAUAAUUUUCAUUUUCAUCUCAAUAUCAAUCGUUUUAUUUUUAUUAUACAUUUUAAUUGUUAUCUUCAUAAAAUCAGGUGUAAUGGGAACUACAGAAGUACUUCUGUUUGCACACUGUGUUGCCUUCAACCUCCUUCAGAUAGUAGUACUGAGUAUGAAAAUCUCACUUGCCCUUAUGAGUCAAUACGUCAAGCAUGACCAGGAAAUCAAGGUAUAA